UUAGUAUAUUCUCUUCGCGUGACGACCCGCGCCGUAGCCUAGAACGCGACGUCCAUCCACCGUCGUCGUCGUUUAGUAGUUUUUCUCCGAUGCGUCGACGCGCUGCUGUGUAGUUAUUGUGCAAUAUAUUCGCCUUCUUCGAUUGACGCCGCGAGUUGCAUUUUCCGUCACGACUACUUGGAUCUGCCGCCCACCCCAUCAACCAAGAAAGAGAGGGCAGCACCGUGAUGACCAUGAUUCCCAUCGCCCCCAUUCAGUUGCGUGUGUUCGAUUCGCCAGGGAUGACCGACUCCAAAUACUUCACCACCACCAAAAAGGGUGAAAUCUUCGAGCUCAAGUCCGAGCUCAACAAUGACAAGAAGGAAAAGAAAAAGGAAGCGGUGAAGAAGGUCAUCGCCAGCAUGACGGUUGGCAAGGACGUCUCCGCCCUGUUCCCGGACGUCGUCAACUGCAUGCAGACGGACAACCUGGAGCUCAAGAAGCUCGUCUAUCUGUAUCUGAUGAACUACGCCAAAUCGCAGCCCGAUAUGGCCAUCAUGGCGGUCAACACUUUCGUUAAGGAUUUGCCACAUUCUCAACUCGUUAAGGACUGUGAGGACACGAACCCGUUGAUUCGGGCGUUGGCCGUUCGCACGAUGGGCUGCAUCCGUGUGGACAAAAUCACCGAGUAUUUGUGCGAACCGCUGCGCAAGUGUCUCAAGGACGAGGAUCCGUACGUCCGAAAGACGGCGGCCGUCUGCGUUGCGAAGCUGUACGACAUCUCCAGUUCGAUGGUCGAGGACCAAGGAUUCCUGGACCAACUGAAGGACCUCCUGUCGGACUCCAAUCCCAUGGUGGUGGCGAAUGCCGUCGCAGCUCUGAGUGAAAUCAACGAGGCAUCCGCCAGCGGCCAACCGCUGGUCGAAAUGAACUCGGCCACCAUCAAUAAGCUGCUGACGGCGCUGAACGAGUGCACCGAAUGGGGUCAGGUGUUCAUUCUGGAUUCGCUGGCAAACUAUACGCCCAAAGACGAACGUGAGGCUCAGUCCAUUUGCGAGCGUAUCACGCCUCGUUUGGCGCACGCCAAUGCCGCUGUAGUGCUCAGUGCCAUUAAGGUUCUGAUGAAGUUGCUGGAGAUUUUGGCCUCGGAUAGCGAUUUCUGCGCCAUGUUGACCAAGAAGUUGGCUCCGCCGUUGGUCACUUUGUUGAGCUCUGAACCGGAAGUACAAUAUGUGGCACUGAGAAACAUCAAUCUGAUCGUUCAAAAACGUCCGGAUAUCUUGAAGCACGAAAUGAAGGUGUUUUUCGUGAAGUAUAACGAUCCGAUCUACGUGAAGCUGGAGAAGCUUGACAUCAUGAUCCGUUUGGCGAAUCAGAGCAACAUCGCGCAGGUUCUAAGUGAGUUAAAGGAGUACGCAACAGAGGUGGACGUAGAUUUCGUCCGGAAAGCUGUCCGUGCCAUUGGACGGUGUGCCAUCAAGGUGGAACCAUCGGCCGAGCGUUGCGUUUCGACUCUACUGGAUCUGAUCCAGACCAAGGUUAACUACGUGGUUCAAGAGGCCAUCGUCGUAAUCAAGGACAUCUUCCGUAAGUAUCCGAACAAAUACGAGAGCAUAAUUAGUACUUUGUGUGAGAACUUGGAUACCCUGGACGAACCGGAAGCCAGGGCAUCCAUGGUUUGGAUUAUUGGGGAAUACGCCGAGCGUAUUGACAACGCUGACGAACUGCUGGACAGCUUCUUGGAAGGAUUCCAGGACGAGAACGCUCAGGUUCAGUUGCAGCUUCUCACUGCUGUAGUGAAGCUUUUCCUUAAGCGUCCAGCCGAUACGCAGGAACUGGUUCAGCAUGUUCUUUCGCUGGCCACUCAAGAUUCCGACAAUCCGGAUCUUCGCGACCGAGGCUUCAUCUACUGGCGAUUGUUAUCUACCGAUCCAGCUGCGGCCAAAGAAGUCGUUCUCGCGGACAAACCAUUGAUAUCCGAGGAAACCGAUCUUUUGGAACCGACUCUUCUAGAUGAGCUGAUCUGUCACAUCAGCUCUCUGGCCAGUGUUUAUCAUAAACCUCCAACGGCUUUCGUGGAAGGCCGUGGAGCAGGCGUCCGCAAGAGUCUACCGAACCGCUCGGCCUCGGCGGCUGGAGAAGAAGCCGUUCCUGAAGCAACCGUCAUUCCGAACCAAGAAUCUCUGAUCGGCGAUCUUCUCUCGAUGGACAUUGGGGCUCCGGCCGCACCGGCUGCUCCAGUUGCUAACACCAGCAACGUGGAUCUCCUGGGAGGUGGUCUGGAUAUCCUGCUUGGUGGAAACAUGAGCGAAACUACAAACAACGCGGCUGCUCCAGCUGCUACGGCCGCUGCUGGUGGCGCUGGAGGUCUUUUAGGGGACAUCUUCGGAAUUGGUCCUGCCGCCACCACCAACAUGAUUCAAAUCCCGAAAAUCACCUGGCUCCCGGCUGACAAGGGCAAAGGUCUCGAAGUUCAAGGCACCUUCUCCCGCCGCAACGGUCAAAUCUUCAUGGACAUGACCUUCACCAACAAAGCAAUGCAGGCCAUGACCGGGUUCGCCAUUCAGUUGAACAAAAACAGCUUUGGAUUGGUUCCGGCCGCACCGCUCCAGGUAGCACCCCUCCAACCCUCCCAAUCCACGGAAGCUUCACUCUCGCUAGGAACCACUGGUCCAGUGCAAAGGAUGGAACCGCUCAACAAUCUCCAGGUCGCCAUCAAGAACAACGUGGACAUCUUCUACUUUGCAUGCCUGGUGCAUGGCAAUGUUCUCUUCGUUGAGGACGGCCAGCUGGACAAACGGGUCUUCCUGACCACCUGGAAGGAGAUCCCCGCGGCCAACGAAAUCCAGUUCAACCUGCACGGAAUCGCCGGUACAGCGGAUACCGUGGCGGCCAAAAUGACCGCCAACAACAUCUUCACCAUUGCCAAGCGCAACGUGGAGGGACAGGACAUGCUCUACCAGUCCCUGAAGCUGACCAACAACAUCUGGGUGCUGCUGGAGUUAAAGCUUUCGCCGGGAAGCCCGGACGCCACUCUCAGUUUGAAAACGCGCUCGGUCGAGGUGGGAUCGAUCAUAUUCGCUGCCUAUGAGCAGAUCAUCCGAUCACCUUAAGUUUGUUGACGGAGAGGCAUUUUUUCCCAGGAAGCAUAUUGGAUGAACAAUUUCUUCGAUCUAAUAGAGUUAUACAUAUAUUCCUAACUGUACUAAACUAGUGAAUACGCGGGAGGAAAGCAUCCGCGCAAGGUGGACGCGUUCAUCUGAAGAUAUUUAGCGCAAUACAUAUGUCGUUACGAAUGGCACACAUAGUUGUGGUGCGACUCAUCAUCUUUACAUGACUGUCAUAUGACGUCGCGAUUAUUAUGAGAAGGCAAAUACCGAGCACACAUUCGUAUAUUAGUAGAAAUGAAAGCUACAGAAUGUUUAUUUAGUUGAUCGAUUAUGAAUAAAACCAUUAUAGGAGACGUAUUAUCGCUAACUUCAAUAUUAUACAUAUGAAAAAGUGAAUAUAAACAUUCGUAAAUGUAUUCUUAAAUUAUA